AUGUUAAAGAAAUAUAUUAUAUUAAUAUAUAUCGGUGUAAUUCUAAAUUUCAUAACUAAAAAUAAUAAUGUAGUGUCUGUUCCAGAGCCCUUUUUAUCACAAAACAAAGAUUCUUUUGAAGAAAAAAAAUAUACGUAUGGGGAUAAUUUACAAUUGUGGGCAUCAACUAUUAAUACCCCUCAAACACAAUCACAAGAAAAUGAAGAUAUAAAUAAAGAAAUAAAAAAUACAAUAAUAAAAACGAAUAAUUUUCCAAGUACCUUACAUGAGAAAUUUCCUCAUAAUAUUCAAUUAACCAAUAAAGAAAAUAAAGAAGAUGAACAAAAUAAACAAAACAAGGAUAAAAAAAAUAUAGUAAGUAAUAAAUUAUUGGGAAACAAUGAACAGAAUAAUUAUAUUCCAAAAUCAAUACAAAAACCACAGAAUUGUGUCAAAAAUCAAAGCAAUAAAUUUCCACGUAGUUAUCCAGAAUUUUUUGAUAUAUAUUUUGGACCCAUAGAUGAACUUAUGGAUGAAACGGAUUAUAGUAGUGAUGAUUUAGAAGAUCAACUAUAUUAUGGUUAUAGAGGAAUAGAACAUGAUAUUGACGAAACAGAUUUUAAUAUAGAAAGUAUAUCAGGAUAUAGUGAUUCUAUGAAUAAAAUGAAAUAUGAGAAUACACAAAUUGAUAAUAACAAAGGAAAAAAAACUACAAACACUAUGGAAAAGAACAAAAAGAAUAGAGAUAAGAAACGUUCUGAAAAAAGGAGAACAAAAGAAAAUUAUAAAUAUAAGAAGGAAAACCAAAAUAUAGAAAAUCAUAUACCUGAAAGUAAAUAUAAACAAGAAAGAAUUGAGAUAUUAGAUGAUAAUGGAAAAGAAUUGAAAUCCCACAAAAAUAUUAAAGAAGAAAAGGGGGGAAUAGAAAAAACUGAUACUACUAAUAUAGCAGAAAUAAAAAUAAGAAAAGAAGAAAGAGAAACAAAAGAUGAAAAAGAAAAAAACCUUCAACAGCUAGUAAAAGAUGUACAAUUAAUAAAAGUUGAAGAAGUAAUAAAUGAUAAAAAAGUAGUAAAAGUUGGGGAAAAAACGAAAGACGACAAAAAAGAAGACAAAGAGGGAACAGAUGAUGAAAAAGCUACAGGUGAUGAAGAAGCUACAGAUGAUCAAGAAAACAAAGUAGAAUCAGAAGAAGACAAAGAAGAAUCAGAAAAAAACAAAGAAGAAACAGAAGAAGACAAAGAAGAAUCAGAAAAAAACAAAGAAGAAACUGAAGAAGACAAAGAAGAAUCAGAAAAAAACAAAGAAGAAACUGAAGAAGACAAAGAAGAAUCAGAAAAAAACAAAGAAGAAACUGAAGAAGAC